CUAAGUUCUAAAAACUUUAUGCGGCGUGCGAGUCAUUCAAUUUUGCAACGUGAAAAGUGGGCUAAUAAAAUGGAAUUCUUGCUAGCAGUCAUUGGUUAUGCGGUCGAUCUGGGCAAUAUCUGGCGAUUUCCUUCUGUAUGCUACAGACAUGGUGGAGGUGCUUUCUUAAUUCCAUAUGUAAUUAUGCUUGUUAUUGGUGGCUUACCAAUGUUUUACAUGGAAUUAGCUCUUGGUCAAUUUCACCGGUCAGGUUGUAUAAGUAUUUGGAAAAAAAUUUGCCCUAUGUUUAAAGGCAUUGGCUACGGUAUUUGCUUUAUAUGCACAUUUAUUGCAUGUUUUUAUAAUGCUGUCAUUGCGCACUCACUGUACUUUGUGUACAGUUCAUUGCAAAGAGAAGUGCCGUGGAAAAGUUGCAAUAACUCAUGGAAUACUUUAUUAUGUACGAGCAGUUUGAAUAGAACCUUCGAAAAUAAUCCAAAUAUCAGUGUUAAUGCGAAAUUAAGAACGCCUUCAGAAGAAUUUUUUUUAUUUCAUGUGCUAGAAAAAAAUUAUUCCAACGGUCUUGAUGAUCUCGGUGGUAUUAAGCCAUCAUUGGCUUUGUGCCUAGUUAUUGUUUUUAUCCUUGUUUAUUUUGCUCUCUGGAAAGGACCAAGUAGUACUGGAAAAUUUGUUUGGGUAACUGCUACAGCCCCAUAUUUCAUUCUAUCGGUGCUAUUUAUUCGCGGGAUAACUCUACCGGGAGCAUCUACUGGAAUAUAUUACUAUCUCAUGCCCGACUUCUCAAUGCUUUUGGAUGUGAGUGUCUGGACAGCAGCUGCCACACAAAUAUUUUUUUCCCUUGGCCCUGGGUUUGGAGUACUGCUAGCAUUGAGCAGUUACAAUGAUUUCCACAAUAAUUGUUGCCGAGAUGCAUUAGUCACAUCAUUUAUUAAUUGUGCGACUUCAUUCUUUGCUGGUUUUGUGAUAUUCGCAACUCUUGGUUAUAUGUCAACUUUAACAAAUAUACCAGUAAAUGAAGUAAUUGGCGAUAAUGAUGCAAGUCUAAUAUUCGUUGUUUAUCCUCAAGCAAUUGCCACGAUGUCAUAUGCAAAUUUCUGGUCUAUUGUGUUUUUUAUCAUGCUUAUCACUCUUGGUAUUGACAGUACAUUCAGUGGUGUCGAGGCAUUGAUCACUGGAUUCUGUGAUGAAUAUCCACAUGCUUUAGCACGUAAUCGCGAAAUCUUUGUAGCUGUUGUGCUUGUCAUUUAUUAUUUUGGCAGUUUACCAGCAGUUACUUAUGGUGGCAUAUAUGUGAUAGCAUUCCUUGAUGAAUACGGUGUUUCCUUAUCUGUACUAUUUAUUGUGAUGUGUGAAAUGAUAGCCGUCUGUUGGUUUUAUGGAAUUCAGCAGUUCAGUGAAGAUAUCCAUCAAAUGCUUGGAUUCUAUCCGAAAUAUUAUUGGAAAAUGUGUUGGAUGUGCUGCCCAAUUUUCAUAACUACUAUUUUUGUAUUAAGCGUUUAUAAAACAUCAUUUGAACCGAUGAGGGAUGGAUCGUAUACUUACCCUAAAUGGAGUGCUUACUUUGGAUGGUUUCUUCGAUUGACAUCAAUUAUGAGCAUACCAACUUUCGCUAUUUAUUAUUUGUGUAUCACAAAAGGAACACUAAAGGAAGUGAAAAUUACGAGUUAUUUUUACGUUUUUAAAAAUCCAAUUUUUGAUUAUUUAACAGUUGUCUUUAAAUGA